CCGGGUCUGCUCGAAUCAGUCGCCAGUGACUGUUCGCUUCCGACGGUUCUACUUUCGCGGGUCUUCUUCGGAAUCCAUUUCUAUCUUCUACGUCCGGUUCAGUGUAAUCUUUAUCAAUUUUGUGCUACUUUAGUGUGAUACUGUUCUGAUUGUGUUACUAAUUUCCAUUCUGUUAAUCCCCCAUUGAUCAUUAUCAAUUUUGUGGCCAUACUUCUGGAAUAUUUGUGUGAUUGCAGAGUGCAAUGUUCUGAGUUGGUUAUUUACAAGAAUAUAAGUGAAGACGAUCAUUCGAUAAGCAAUGAUCGUUUCAGCCAGGCUGGUGAUCCUUGCGGUGGUUGUGGUGAUCGCUUGCCUUGUGGAUAGUGGUUUGGCGAGUCCGCGAAGGCAACAGCGAUGGCGCAAUGGGAACGGGUUCUAUCGAAGGGAUCAACGCGGCGAUUAUCAGGAGUAUUCGGAAGCAUUCACAGAUGGGAAGUGUGGAUAUGAGUCAUGCCCAGAGAUCAAGAAAGAUAUGCUGAAUGUCCAUCUGGUGCCGCACACCCACGACGAUGUCGGCUGGCUCAAAACCUUAGAUCAGUACUACUACGGAAGUCGCACUUCGAUUCAGAAGGCAGGCGUUCAGUACAUUCUCGAUUCGGUGAUCCAAUCGCUGCUCAAAGAUCCGUCGAGGCGAUUCAUCUACGUGGAGUCGGCUUUCUUUUUCAAGUGGUGGACAGAGCAGACGCCGGAAUUGCAAGACCAGGUUCGGGAACUGGUCAAUCAGGGAAGGCUGGAGUUCAUCGGAGGGGCGUGGAGUAUGAACGACGAGGCCACUACGCACUACCAGAGCAUCAUCGAUCAGUUUACGUGGGGAUUGAGGCGGUUGAACGAUACUUUCGGGGAGUGUGGAAGACCUCGGAUCGGGUGGCAGAUUGAUCCAUUUGGUCAUUCGCGGGAACAGGCUUCGAUUUUCGCUCAGAUGGGAUUUGAUGGCUACUUUUUCGGCAGGUUGGAUUAUGAAGAUAAAAAGGAGCGAUUGGCUAAGAAAAAUCCAGAAAUGAUCUGGAAAUCGAGCGCAAAUUUGGAGGAUUCCGACAUGUUUACGGGAGUAUUGUACAACCUUUAUCAACCCCCUCCGGGAUUCUGUUUUGAUAUUCUAUGUCCGGAUGAACCAUUCAUUGAUAGCCCCUACAGUGCGGAGAACAACGUGGAAACUAAGGUUGACCUGUUCAUAAACAUUGUAAAUAACAUGAGUUCGUCUUACCGCACUAAAAACAUUGCACUUACGAUGGGUGAAGACUUUCACUAUCAAUACGCUGAAAUGUGGUUCAAGAACCAAGAUAAGCUCAUAAAAUACACGAACGCCAAACAGGCCACCGGUUCCAAUGUCAAUGUCUUUUACUCUACACCUUCCUGCUACCUGAAGGCCCUGCACGACGCUGACAUCACGUGGCCGACCAAGACCGAUGACUUCUUCCCAUAUGCCUCUGAUCCGCACGCAUUCUGGACCGGUUACUUCACUUCUCGACCCACGGUCAAGCGUUUCGAACGAGUAGGAAACCACUUCCUUCAGGUGUGCAAACAAUUGUCCGCCUUGGCUCCGAGUAAGGAGAAUCAUUUCACUCCGCAUUUGAAUGUGCUUCGCGAGGCCAUGGGUGUGAUGCAGCAUCACGAUGCCGUCACGGGCACGGAGAAGCAGCACGUUGCAAAUGAUUACUCCCGAAUGUUGCAUGAGGCAAUCGAGGCCUGCGGAGCGAACACUCAAGUUGCUCUGAAUCAAAUUGCUGACCCGGCGGAAAAGAAGAAACGAUACGCUCACGGCCCUACACAGAACUUCACUUUCGAGUUUGCAUCGUGCCACCUGCUGAAUAUCAGUUUAUGCGAAAUUUCUGAAUCGAAGGAUAGCUUCAUGGUCACGUUGUACAAUCCGCUUGCUCAUUCCGGAUAUCAGUACGUUCGACUUCCAGUUUCCGGCGAAAAGUACAUUGUGAAGGACUAUCGUGGAGUUGAGACGCCUUCGCAAUUGGUUCCAGUCCCCCAACCCGUACUUGACCUUUCCUACCGCUUCAGUAAUGCAAGUCACGAACUAGUUUUUCUUGCAAACGAGCUGCCUCCUCUCGGAUACAAGUCCUACUACAUUUCCCGUAUCAUCGAAACCGUGGAAGACUUCGUGCAUAACCCUUCGCACCCCAGAGUAGAACUACAAUCCGAUCAACCACACACGCAGUGGCAAUCCGAAGACAUCACAAUCGGAAACAAAUACCUCAAUGUCAGUUUUGAUUCGAACGGUUUUCUCAGUACCAUCACCUUGGAUGGUGUUGCGCAUCGAUUGCGGCAGACUUUCGUUUAUUACGAAGCCGCUUUAGGAAACAAUGUUGCUUUCAGAAAUCGUUCUUCCGGUGCCUACAUCUUCCGACCGAAUGGAUCGGAUUCCGCUCUCACCGACACUGUUCAACUGAAGGUGUACCGUGGAAAUGUGGUUCAGGAGGUGCAUCAGGUGUUCAACGAGUGGGUCAGUCAGGUGGUUCGCGUCUACGCAGAUGAGAGCCACGUGGAGUUUGAAUGGAUGGUUGGUCCGAUCCCGAUACAGGAUCGUGUCGGUAAGGAGAUUGUUUCAAGGUUCUACACGGCAGCUCAGUCCAACGGGGUAUUCUGGACAGAUUCCAAUGGUCGUGAAAUGAUCAAACGGCAGCGGAAUCACCGAGAAACUUGGGAGUUGCACUUGGAAGAACCGGUCGCUGGAAAUUAUUAUCCGGUGACGGCGAAGAUCGCUUUAGAAGAUGAAAAAGUACGACUGGCGGUGUUGAAUGAUCGUGCACAAGGUGGAUCCAGCCUGGAGGAUGGUUCUCUGGAGUUGAUGGUUCACAGAAGGUUACUGCAUGACGAUGCGUUCGGAGUGGAGGAAGCUCUGGACGAACGGGCUUUCGGUAGAGGGCUGGUAGCUCGGGGCAAACACUUCGUAAUGUUUGGAUCGAAGGACACGAGCAGCCCCACGAUGCAAGCAAAGGAACGCUUUUUACAGAACCACGUCUUACUUCCGAAUUGGGUGUUCUUCAGCGACGUGUCCAAAUUUAAGUAUGAGGACUGGCAGAAGCGGUUUAACAAUAUCUACUCAGCACUAUCAUUAUCCCUUCCGCUGAAUGUCAAUCUGAUGACGUUCGAACCGUGGAAGGAAAACAGUCUACUGGUUCGCUUCGAACACCUACUGGAAAAGGGCGAAGACCCUACGUACUCCAAGCCGGUUCGAUUCAAUCUUCAGGACAUCUUCCGCUCCUUCAGCAUCGAAGAAAUCCGAGAAACUACCCUCGCUGGCAAUCAGUGGAAGGAGGAUAAUAAACGGUUCCAGUUCAAGGCAGACCCGACUUAUUUGAAGCAUGUCACACGAGCGGAUAUCAUUAAUCCGUUCAAUAGUACCGGAGAAGCACGGACGAAGAAGGACGAGCUGUCGCCUUCUGAGAACUUGAAGAAUGUAAGCAACGAAGGAUACGAGAUUGUGCUUGGUCCGAUGCAGAUCCGGACCUUUGUGAUGCAGCUGGAGUUUAGGCCAUAACGAGAUGAUGCAGCUCUCUAGGAAGCGAUCUUGGAACGACUGAUUCACAAAAUAUAGAAUAAGCGAAUA